AUGGCCAAGACUUCCGAAGCGGACGUCUACAGCAACUAUUCGAUACCAGACUUCAUAAACGAUCAGCUAACAAUUCAAGGACACCCUCGCGCUCAUGGCAAACACGAACUCGACACCACAGUCCUUUUCGACUCACAAAAAGACCGGGAUCUUGAGCAAGGACAGUGGCUGGACCAAUAUCCCCCACGGUGUGCUAUACAUGUACGCCCCAGGCUCGGCCUCGAGACUCCUACUCACGAAAGUCCUACGGACGUGUGCCGAGGGACGCGUUGUCCUUGA